AUGCCGCGCCCCAACGCCGCGAGCACCGGCCAGACGCUAGAGAGUGUGCCGUCAACUGGGGGUGGCGAGUGGCACGCCAUGAGCGCGGACCCCAGACACCUAGCAAGCGCGCGCACCUGCGUGAUACCGGAGGCCACCGCGGCGGAAAGCGAGGCAAAGGUGACAAACAAGACGGUGACGAACAAGACGGUGACGAAUAAGAUGGAGACGAACAAGACGGUGACGAAUAAGACGGAGACGAAUAAGAUGGAGACGAACAAGACGGUGACGAAUAAGACGGAGACGAACAAGACGGUGACGGACGCCGUGACGGCGGCCACGAAGGCGGAUGCGGGGGUCCGGCGGAGGGUGGCGCUCGACGAAGGGAAGAGCGAGGUAGACACCUCGCCCGACGAGACCGAGCGUGUAGUCGUGGACGUGGGCAAACAGCUGGAGGCGUGUGGCUGCGGCGCCCCCAGCAAGGACGAGCUUGGUGUCAUCGUGGUUGCGCAGCUGCAGGCCGUGCGUGAGCAAUACGCGAACGACGGCGUAUUCCGGACGGAGGAUGAGAGUACGGGCGAGGGCACCAGCAGCCCGAGAGCGGAAGGCAGCGUCCAUGACGAGCCACCACGGACGCAGGAUGGGGUGGUCGAAGAGUUACGGGCGCGCGACGCUGCCCGGGCCAAGGUGCUGCUCGCACAGGCGCGUGGCCACGAACGGCUGCGGGAGGAGGAAGCUGAGACGGCGCAGCGAGCCCGCAAACACGCGAAACGUGUUGAACACCCCGAGCCCGACGCGAGCGGCGAGCGCAGCGAGCACGUGGGCAGACGUCCACGGUUACCAUGGACACGAACGGCAACAAGGACGGGAAGGUGA